AUGUUCGUACUAAGCUACGCCAUUCUUUCUGCAGGUGGCGUGCUCCCGUCUGUGCUGCAGGAAGUCAAGGUGCCGAUCGUCAGCAACGAAAAGUGCAAGAACAUGUUCCUUGCAGCUGGAAGGCACGAAUACAUACCCAACAUCUUCAUGUGUGCUGGCUUUGAAGAAGGCGGCAGGGACUCAUGCCAGGGGGAUUCCGGGGGCCCACUGCAGAUACAAGCCAAGGACGGCCGAUGGUUCUUGGCUGGCAUCAUAUCGUGGGGUAUCGGAUGCGCCGAGCCCAACCUGCCGGGAGUCUGCACUCGGAUAUCCAGGUUCAAGGAGUGGAUCAUCAAGAGCACCACCUGACCUCUCACAACGCGACAGUCGUGGUCGUUUCACAGUUUCAGUGCAUCACCCAUCGUAUCCGCUAUCGAGGCGGAAGUUUUGUCAUGCGCCGCAGGACGACGUCGGGCAUCAUUUCCGGUCUGCAGCGUUGAAUGGACAACUUGACGUCGUCAAGAGGCGCAGGCACUGCUAGUUUGUUUUGCGUCACCCAAGAGCGUGGUGAAACAGACCGCCCUACACAAGUCAGAAUGCAAUGCACCGCCUGUUCUGUUUUUUUUCUGUUUCUUUUUUAAAUCUCGUUACAUUACGCAGACCACUUGCCGUGACAUUCGUGAAUGGCUCUGUGAAGUGACUGGAAGACGUGUGCAAUGCUGCCCAGAAAACUGCUUCGCUUCUAUUUCCACGCAUUUCUUUGUGCUGUGACCCACAUAGUUAUUCAACAACUGACGCUUCACGCCUCAUCCGCACUGUCGGAUAUGCACAAAGCUGUAAGUAAUACACCCGCGAAGUGCUUCGUUAAGUUAAACAAUCAACAUCGUGAGUAAUGAACCUAAUAUAAUAAAGGAAAUAUGUCGCACGGAGUUAAAGAGUUGA